CUGAUAUAACGAUGACGCCCGGCGUGUCACGCCAUAGUCGCCAGACUGUAUAAAGUCGACCAACCCGGUCCUUGUUGCAUAAAAGUGCAACGCGCCCGCGCGACAAGGUUAGGGUUCAACGACGAAGACACCUCCUUCCGUCGCUUGGCUGACGUGGAGUCGAUUUACUUUUUUUGCGUUUUUCCUUCUUCGUUUUCCCCCCUUUUGCUCUCGUUUUCCCUCUCUCGUCCGUGUCGACGGACCGAUCGUCAACGAACUAAAUCCCGAGUCCGGUGAGUGCUCGACUAGAAAUACCAGUGAGUGCUGAAUUCCUCAUAUUCGCGCCGGGUUCCUCGCCGAUGUGAAUUCACGUUUGGAUCGAGGUCGGCGUUCGUUCUCUUGCAUUUUCUCCGUGUCGUUUGCGCACCCGCGCAGAAUACGCGAGUGCGCUCCAAGCAAACCCCGGGCAUGUCGUCCGUUGCGCGGAAUCGGUUCCUGUCGGCGCUCAGCGUUCGCCCCCCCGCCGCUGUCAACCACGCGCACAUAGCACACAUAGGCGUGCGCCGUGGGAAUACGGCGUGCUGGAGAACAACGGAUUGUAAUGCGCGAAUGGUGCAUUCUGCAACACAACCGACAAACACAUGGGUCACAAGCAAAGACGAAAGUCGAGAGAUGAUGGCAUUGUGGCCAGAUGUUGUUCGUGAUCUCACAGAUUCGACUAAGAAUUUCAUUAUUCCUGAUGCCACCAAAUGGAUGGCAAAAGUAUUACAGUACAAUGUUCCAGGAGGAAAAAAAAUUCGCGCUUUAACAUUAGUCUAUGCCUAUAAGGUACUAGCACCAAGUGAUCAACUUACAGAAGAAAAUAUUCGUUUAGUACGGAUCUUAGCAUGGUGUGUAGAAUUGAUGCAAGCCUUUUUGCUCAUUGUAGACGACAUACAGGAUCGAUCUUUACUUCGCCGAGGCCAACCAUGUUGGUACCGAUACAAUGAUCUCGAUUUAGCAGCAAUCAAUGAUAGUUUAUUGUUAGAGUGUGCUAUAUUUUAUCUAAUUAAAAAAUACUUUAAAGGGAAAGAUUGUUAUGUUGAUCUACUAGAAACAUUCCACGAUAGUAUAUUGAAAACAAUAAUGGGCCAAAGUUUAGAUAUGCUUUCUACCAAUUUCGGCAAGAAACCUGAUCUGGAUAUGUUCACGAUGAAUCGAUAUAAUUCCAUUGUCGAGUGCAAAACAUCGUACUAUACUUUUAUUUUGCCAAUAACCGCAGCAAUGCAGUUAGCUGGAAUAAAAGAUCCAGAGAUGUUCAGGCAAGCAAAAACCAUUUUGUUAGAAAUGGGGCAUUUGUUUCAAGUCCAAGAUGAUUAUUUAGGUUGCUAUAGCGAUGCUCAUGACAAGGAUUGUACUGACAUACAAGAGGGAAAAUGUACAUGGCUGAUUGUUGUAGCUCUUCAACGUGCCACUCCGGAGCAGCGUAAAAUUUUAGAAGAAUGUUACGGUUCUCCCGAUCCGGAAAAAGUAAGACGCGUGAAACAACUUUUCACUGAUCUUGGUUUGCCUAACACUUAUUCUAUAUAUGAAGAAGAAACAUACAAUCUACUAAAUGUACAUAUACAACAGAUAUCACGCGGGCUUCCACAUAGUCUUUUCUUGAAUUUAUUAAGGAAGAUUUAUCACAGAGUGUCAUAAAAUAAUUGUGUAUAUUGAAGAAAUUAACAUUUUA